CUGUAUAAUGUAUAACGAAGAAAGCUCGCCAAAUAUUAAUUAUAAUCUAUCUAUGGAAAGGACUGUAGGCUUUGCUCAAAAUCAAACUAAUAUAAAUUUGCUAAAUAUUUAUGAUAGUCCAUUCAUAGAUAGGUCCGCAAGCUUUACUCAAAGUCAUGAAGAUCAAACUAAUAAUAGUUUAUCUACAGAAUGGUCUUUGGACUUGACUCGAGAUUCAACUAAUACAAAAUGGUCCACAGGGUUUACGAAUAACAUUCUGUUUAUCGAAUGGAAUGCUGUUUUUACACAAAAUCAAGCUAACGCAAGUUCACUAAAUAUUUACAAUAAUUUGACUAUAGAAUCAUCCACAGGCAUAAGUCAAAAAGAUCAAACUAAUACAACUUUGCCAAAUAUUUAUGGUGCAGGAAUUACUCAACCUUGUGAUGAACAAAUUAACACAUUACAGCAACAAUUUAAUGUAAAAUCAGUCAAAAAAAAUGAACAUCCAGUUUCACUUGUUUCUAGAUAUAAAAGAAAUCCAAAAUGCAAGAAAUGUAAUAUUAGAAAAAUUCAUUAUGAUGAAAAUUCCAAUCAAUGUAAAGAUUGUUAUCGGGCCUCAUUACGAGCCUUAAGUAGCAAUAAAUUAAUAGACAAUUUUAUUGAAUCAACACAAACUUUUAUUCAAAAUUCCAAUUUUCCACAAGAUUUAGUUAAAUUAAUGGAAAGUUGCUGGCAUUCAGAUCCAGAAAAAAGAUGGCAUAAUAAUAAUAGUAUUGAUUUCAACCUUAAAGAGCUUAUUAAAAAAGCAGAAAGAGGAGAAAUAAAAUUUCCGGAAAAUAAAGAUACAAGUUUUGUAUCAACCAAAAUAAAUGAUCAAGCAAUAUAUUCUAGUCGAUCAUUAAAUCUAUUAAUUAGUAAAGCAUUAACUUUACAACGUAUGAAAUUAAGUAACAAUAUAAUUACAG